AUUUCACGUAAUUAAAUAGACGCUACUUUGAGUGCGCUGCUGACAAGCACUAAAUCUUGCUGUUUGUGUGUGUGUAAGCUAGAAAUAAGAGACGCAUUCGACCAAUUCGAGCCAGACCAAAAAUAUAAUGCGUAGAAAUGUGCGCCAACAACAUCACAACUGGGAUAAUUUACAGUCUGAGGGAAUUGACGAUAUUUUUGUACGACCCGCCCAUAACGACAACGAAUUCGUGGACAUGAUGCAAUUGGGAAACAGAACCACCAACGGCCACAUAAAGAUAUCGCGCUUUGAGAACACGCUCGAGGUAAAAGUGCAGGAGGGCGAUACGCUGCAGGCACUGGCGCUGCGCUUCUACUGCUCCGUGGCGGAUAUUAAGCGCCUCAAUAAGAUUGAUCGGGACAAUGAGAUACAUGCACAUCGCAUCAUUCGCAUCCCGGUCACAGUGCACAAUGUGCUGCUGGGGAGCACUGAAGUGAAUGAGCUGCCCACUGUUCAUCGCAGUGGGAACAAUAGUCCCAGGCAUAAUGUGGAAAGGGAGCCUGCCAUUGAACGCAAUCCGCUGGAAGAUGCACGUAUGAUGCUCGAUGAACGACUCCUGGUGGCUGCUGUGAAUGCUUCCACUGCAAAAACUGGCGAAGUGCAGCCCUUAUUCAAAGAGGAUGGUAGCCAAUUUUAUGAGGGAACACAUGGUUCGCCGGACGACAGAGCCAACAUGGAGCAGCCAUCGGAUGAGCAUAUGGCCUUGAUGGAUGAUUUGCUGGUGGAUAGGCAUUCGCCGAUAGUGCGUCCUAUACCAGGACCCUCGCUUCGAGCGAUUGACUGGUCUGGCUCCGAUUGCGACAUGUCCUGGAUAUGCCUGCUGAUAUUUAUACUCGCUCUCUGUUUUGUCAUACCGCUCGUGUAUGUCAUCUACCUGGCCGAGCAUCCACAUCAUCAUCACAAUCACACCACAUAGCCACUUGUGCUCCAGCAGCUGCCUGUGAUCAUCAUUCCAAAUGUGCUACGUGAGAUGAUUUUCAAACAGAACUCCUACUCGCUCACUCAUCUUUCAUCGCUCUGAGCGAUCGCAUUUUAAAUGCAGCUGCGAGCCAUAGAAUUUAUUUUUGAUAUAAUUAUACAUUAAUAGAAAUAUUUAAAUACCAAUUGUGACUUGUACAAAUCGCAUAGACAUGACAAAAUAUUUAAUUUGUUAAUGUUAAUGUCUCGUCUAUAUUUUAAAUGAUGU